ACAAGAGAGAUGGCAGAAUUAACAGAAAUAAAAUAACAUUUCAGUUUAAUAGCUAUGUUCUAUCCACUUAAACUGUCACUCGCAAGCAGAAGCUAUGCUAUUACUUUUCAGAAUCCUGAAUCUAUAUUCCAUCAGAACUACCUCAGAGCUAUUAAUAGUCCCAUUAACAGUCCCUGCUUAAACUGUCACAAUUCUAUCAUCCUAGAGAAACUAGCACAAAUCAAAGCCAUGUUCUUUAACAAUCUUAUAUGAUAGAAACUAGUAAGAUAUACACACACAAUGCUCAUGAGGGGUUCCUUAUUUCAACAAAUCAUCUGAAAAUCAAGAAAAGACAAAACUAAGAUGCACAGAUGAAACAAUUCAACAACAAAUGAGAUGUUCAUCAGUAGGCUAGCGAACACAAACCAUUAAUAUCUGCAAACACACACACACACACAAAACCUGAACCAUAAAGACACAAUCUUUUCCAGCUCAACUCACUGAAGAAGGAGAAGAAGUGGACCUAGAUUAGAUUAGAAAGCUGAGCUGUACGGCCUUGAAGCUUGAAUUGAUCUCUAGUGAAUGAUUUGAGCCAAUACUUGAGAGUAUACUCCAGGGCUCCAUUGUCCUCUGAUGAUUCUUUAUGGCUCUUCUAAAUCAAGAAGAUGGAUCAAGAACAACACCUCAUCGACUUGCUCGUGAUCACGAUCGAUUCCCAGAUCCGGGAAGCUGUGUGUCCGCAGACAAAAGGAGCAUAGGCGUGGGAUGAUCCAUAACUGUUGCGUCCUUAGAGCUAAAUCUUGGGAAAUUCACAAAAGAGAAGACAGACAGUUAAUUAGUGAGGAUGUUUGUUACUGUAAGACUGACUGGCACGUGCGUGGUUACUCGCUAGGCACGCGUGAAUUGUCUGACCGGCCUGAGAUAAUGAAUCUUACGUAGUUUUCUGGGGUUUAACGUUUCCUAUAAAACGCCAGACAUCACAUGCAGCUCUACGAUAAGUUGAAUGCAUCUUAAGUAAAAGCUAUUCAUUUGAUCAUUGUCAUUGGGCCACUGGAUAAAAAGGCCCAUUAGCAGUGAAUCGAGUUAUGAGGCGUUAACAAUCAUUAGGGUUUCAAUAACAAACUAAAGAUUAAACUGUUAGUCUUUAGUUCUGUUUUGGUAUUAUGUUCAAGCUUCCAUUGUUUGGUUAGGACUGAUCAUAAUCUCUUUGGGGUUUAGGGGUUUUUUUAAACUUUUUUGCACCUCUAAGCUUUCAGAAUGGCUGAAAAGCAAACUAGGUUGCAUUAACAUGUAAUCAAACCUUCAUUGUUUUCAAUGACAUUUACAAUUUAGCAAAAAAAAAGAAAAAAGGAAUAGAGUCUUCAAAGAUUGAUCUAAACUUAUUUUUGUUCAUCGACCUUUGUUUGGAGCUUGAAACAAUAUGAAGACGAAGAUAUCCAAUCUUCCUAUGGAAUUGCUAGAGGAGAUUCUCUCUAGGGUUCCGGUGAAAUCCAUAGUAACAGUACGAUCUACUUGCAAAAGCUGGAACGUUUUAACUAAAGAUCAAAGUUUUGCCAAUAAGCACAUUGAAAAAGCAGCAGCAGCACAACGAGAAAGGGUGGUUCUUGUGAUCACGGGGGAUACCAAUGAUCUUGUGUUAAGCGUCAAUCCUUAUGACUUUCACAACAAAACCUUUGGUCCAUGCAUAAAUCGUAAAGGUAUACUUAUUACUCAAAAAAACUCAGAUAAAGUUUGCUUUGUACAACGUGUCUUUCACUGCAACGGUUUACUGCUAUGUAUAUGGAGACGCAACAAACGUUGGCUUUUGGUUUAUAACCCGUAUUGGGGUAAAACAAGAUGGAUCGAAUGCCCAAUACAACGUUCGUGUAAUGAGUUGUUUGCUUUUGGAUACGACAAAUCAUGUGGUAGCCAUAAAAUCUUUAGGCUAAGCACCAGUGAUAAUUUCGACAUCUACGACUUGAGUUGUGAUUCAUGGAAGACUCGUCCUCAUGCAGCUUUUCACAGCAACAAUGUAAUAAAGUAUACUGAACCUGGCGUGUCUUUGAAGGGAAACUCUUACUGGCUUGCUAAAGAUAAGCAAUCAGGAAAGAAUUUCUUACAGUGUUUUGAUUUUACGAGUGAGGCUUUUGGACCGCAACUGCCUAUACCAUGUGAGUUUUUUUCUUUUGCGUCUCUGUCUUCGGUUAAAGAAGAGAAGCUUGCAUUGUUGUUUAAACACCAGUGUGGUACUAAGGUUGAUGUUUGGGUUACGGAUAAGAUCGAGCCCGGCGCUGUGUCGUGGAGCAAGUUGUUCAAAGUUGAAACGUUGCAAUUACUCUGUCAUGGUUGUAUGUUUGGGAGUUUCUUGAUUGACGAGGAGAAGAAGACCGUGGUGGUUUUUUAUAUUUUCGGCGGAUGUUACACAAAAAGUAGAUAUAUCAUUGAUGGGGAGAGUGGUGAUAUCAGACAAGUGGAGAGAAUAGGUUCUCAAUACUCGAAACUUUACAAUCUUGUCGGCUGUUAUGUUCCAAGCUCUGUGCAAGUCUAAGUUAACUUAUCUCUCUCCUAUCCUUAAUGAUCGUGGC